AUGCCGGAAAAUUCCAGUGAGACAGAGGAUGAAUUCUUCGAUUGCGAUGCUGACUUUCGUAUGAAGUUAUUAGUGUUUAUUACUGAUUUAGCUUCAAGGUUCUAUGCGGUGGCUGUCCCUAAGAAUUCACCCCGUGCCGGCGUCUUUUCAUCGAUAUCAGAUGCAAAUAAAUAUUUGAAGGCCGUAAAGGGUUCUCGGCUAAAGGUAUUUUCCUCCUUUGAUGCGGCAAACAGCUUCGCCAUGUCAACUGUUGCGGAAAAUUUACACGAACCCACCACCGCGGUGUCCGGCGAAGCAUGCCCUUUCCCGACACUCAAGCAAGAAGAGCUCUUAAAGUUUCGUCGGCUGAUUGAAACUAGUCAACCUAGUGUUAUCCGAUCCUUGGUUUACGAAAACCCCCUUUGGCUUAUAACGAACUGUGAUACGCCCAGCAUUUUACAGGUCCGCUUCCGGUACAAUGCCUUUCAUGUUGCGGCCCUCAGCGGACGGGCAGACAUAAUUCAGGUGAUCUUAUCUAUUUUGGAAUCAGAUGAAUUUUGGAGCAAGCUGCGUCCGUCAGCAGAUACGUUAACUGUUGACGACCGUCGCAACCGAUUACUCGAUCUCUACUUCAAUAGUCCUGAAGUUGGGUCCUUGAAGUAG